GGAAAGGGCUGGACCGUCCUGGGGGCCUCAGGAGCUGUGCUCUUGGCCACAGGAAGACCCUCCCCGAGUGCGCUGGGGGGUGGGGCAGAAAUAGGAAGUCUUUUCCUUGGGAAUGAUCUGCCUUCCCUGGAGUCCAGAUCUAUUUCCUUUCUUUCCUUGCAGCUGAGAUCAUUCUGCUUUCCGGAAGCCGCCUCUGUGCGUGCAGGUCGCAGGGAGCCUGAAGCUAGAGGGAAUGGCCCCUGGGAGCCUCAGACCUCCACCUCAGGAGUUGGUGACAUUCAAGGAUGUGGCUGUGGAUUUCACCCAGGAGGAGUGGGGCCUGUUGGACCAUCCUCAGAAGGAGUUGUACAAGGAGGUCAUGCUGGAGAUUGCCCAUAACCUGCUCUCCCUGGGGCUUCCAGUUCCCAGAGAAGAUGUGAUCUCUUAUUUUGAGCAGAGGGAAUCACCAGGGAUGUUGGAGCAAGAAGGCCUGAGGAGCUGCUGUCCAGAAGGAGAGAUCAGACUUGAAAUAAAGGAAAGUAAUGCAGAGCUAAUCCUUUCUCUGGAAGAAACUCACAAGCUUCAGAAGAGAGAAAUCUGUGCUGCACAUGAGAGAAUCCCCAUUGGAGAGAAAAUGUAUGGCUGUAAUCAGUGUGGAAAGCCUUUUAGAUCCAGCUCCAAUCUUGAUGAUCAUCAGAGAAACAACACUGAAAAGAAACCUUAUGAAUGCAAGCAAUGUGGAAAGGCUUUGAAAUGGAGGAAGAGUAUUGAUAUACAUCAGAGGAUCCAUACUGGAGAGAAACCUUAUGAAUGCAAUCAGUGUGGAAAGGCUUUCAAAAAACAGUUUAGUCUUAAUAGACAUCAGGGAAUCCACAGUGGAGAGAAACCUUAUGAAUGCAAUCAGUGUGGAAAGGCUUUUACAGGAAAGUCUUAUCUUAAUGAGCAUCAGAGAAUCCACACUGGAGAGACACCUUAUGAAUGCAAUCAGUGUGGAAAGGCUUUUAUGCGAAAAUCUCAUCUUAACUCUCAUCAGAGAAUCCACACUGGAGAGAAACCUUAUGAAUGUAAACAAUGUGGAAAGACUUAUAAACACAGGAUUAGUCUCAAAAUGCAUCAGAGAAUCCACACUGGAGAGAAACCUUAUGAAAGUAAUCAUUGUGGAAAGGCUUUUACAUUUAGGUCUGGUCUUAACAAACAUAAGAGUAUCCACACUGGAGAGAAACCUUAUGAAUGUAAACAAUGUGGAAAGACUUAUAAACAUUGGAAUAUUCUCAAUAUUCAUCAGAGAAAACACACUGGAGAGAAACCUUAUGAAUGUAAACAGUGUGGAAAGGCUUUUACAUUUAGAUAUUAUCUUAAGGAACAUCAGAGAAUCCACACUGGAGAGAACCCUUAUGAAUGUAAUCAAUGUGGAAAGGCUUUUACAUUUAGGUCUGGUCUUAAUAAACAUAAGAUUAUCCACACUGGAGAGAAACCUUAUGAAUGCAAUCAGUGUGGAAAGGCUUUUACACAAAAGUAUAAUCUUACGGAGCAUCAGAGAAUCCACACUGGAGUGAAACCUUAUGAAUGUAAGCAAUGUGGAAAGACUUAUAAACAUAUGACUAAUCUCAAUAUGCAUCAGAAAAUGCAUAAUGGUGAGAAACCUUAUGAAUGUAAUCAAUGUGGAAAGGCUUUUACGUUAAAGUUUUAUCUUAGCCAACAUCAGAGAAUCCAUACUGGAGAGACACCUUAUGAAUGCAAUCAGUGUGGAAAGGCUUUUAAACAAAAGUAUUAUCUUAAGGAACAUCAGAGAAUUCACACUGGAGAGAACCCUUAUGAAUGUAAUCAAUGUGGAAAGGCUUUUACAUUUAGGUCUGGCCUUAACAAACAUCAGAGAAUCCACACUGGAAAGAAACCUUAUGAAUGUCAUCAAUGUGGAAAGGCUUUUCCACAAAAGUCUAGUCUUAACAGACAUCAGAGAAUCCACACUAGAGAGGAACCUUAUGAAUGUCAUCAAUGUGGAAAGGCUUUUCCACAAAAGGCUAGUCUAAACAGACAUCAGAGAAUCCACACUGGAGAGAACCCUUAUGAAUGUAAUCAAUGUGGAAAGGCUUUUACAUUUAGGUCUGGUCUUAACAAACAUCAGAGAAUCCACUCUGGAAAGAAACCUUAUGAAUGUAAUGAAUGUGGAAAGGCUUUUCCACAUAAGUCAAGUCUUAACAGACAUCAGAGAAUCCACACUUGAGAGAAACCUUAUGAAUGUAAACAUUGAAGAAAGUCUUUUACACAGAGGGUUUAUUUUAUUUUAUUUUUUUUUUUGCAGGGCAGUGGGGGUUAAGU